AUGGCUGGAGGUGGGGAAGCAACUACCGACGUAUACACUCCUACAUGGGUUGUAGCUGUCGUUUACACUGUCAUUGUCGGCGUUUCAUAUGGUGUAGAACGUCUUCUUCAUCGUGCCGGAGAGAGCCGGAAGGAGAAGCAAAAGACGGCCCUCUGCGAAGCUCUUCAGAAAAUCAAAGAAGAGUUGAUGCUGCUGGGUUUCAUAUCACUGCUUCUGACGGUUUCAGAGAAAAGGAUCGUAAAAAUCUGCGUGUCGCCGGGUGUGACCCAUGGUAUGAUUCCUUGCUGGACGAAAUCUAAUAAUCAUUCUGCAACUGUCCGUCAUCUUCUUGCUGCGGCAGCGCCACCAUCAUCUGGUGCCAAAAUCGAAUAUUGUGCUGCUCAUCAUUGUUUUUGGAAGCAAUUUUGCGGGUCCGUAAAUGAAUCGGAUUAUGUGACAUUAAGAAGUGAGUUUAUGGAGAUUCGCGAGGCAAAUCCGAAGUUUAAUUUUCACAAACACAUGAUAGAAGCCCUUGAAGUUGAUUUUAAUAUGUUUUUGGCAUUAGUUGGUAACCUGUGGAUCUUUGUGGUUAUCUUCUUCUUAAUUAAUGUUAAUGGCUGGCACACAUAUUUUUGGAUAGCGUUUAUUCCACUUAUUCUUCUGCUAGCAGUUGGCACUAAGUUGGAGCAUGUACUUAUGCUCUUAGUUCGUGGCGUUGAUGCAAGCAAUGCUGAUAAUCACUUUUGGGUCCAUCGGCCUUCUUUUGUUCUCUUAUUGAUUCACUUCAUCCUUUUCCGGAACUCUUUUGAGAUUGCAUUCUUCUUCUGGAUAUGGGCUGCUUAUAGCUUUGACGCCUGCGUAAUGGGACAAUUCGCUUACAUCAUCGUCAGGCUCGUUACUGGAGUAUUCAGUCAGGUCCUUUGA